AGAGUCCCAGUUAACCUAGCGGUGUUGAAACUCAGUGAGCAAGCCGUCUUAGACAAACUGAAAAACAAAUGGUGGUACGAUAAGGGGGAGUGUGGAAGCAAGGACUCCGGAAGAAAGGACAAGACCAGUGCUCUUAGCCUCAGCAAUGUGGCUGGGGUCUUCUACAUUCUGAUCGGCGGUCUGGGUCUGGCCAUGCUGGUGGCCCUGGUGGAGUUCUGCUACAAGUCCAGA